ACCCCCAUGUGACUGUGAGAACCUGCGCCGCUGGGUGGGGUGCUGGAACUCGGGGUCUCUGGGAGGAAGCCCCUGCUCGCCCCCACUGGCUACCCCCCAGAGCCCCUCUACUUCCCCGGUCUCACGCCCUCCUAGUAAAUCCUCCCAGGAGUCCUUUCCGCACCCUGAAGUAGGCAGUGUCACACUCCUGGCAGCCCCCUGCCCACACUUCCCAGGUCAAGGAAGCCAGUCCCCUGGUUCCCAGCUUCAGUGGUGGGGUGGGGGUUGGGGGACAGCAAGGGGCUCCCUGGGCCCCCAGGUGGGCUGGAGCAGGGGGAGGCAAGGUGCUGCCUUGGCUCCGUUCACUUGCUGGCGGGUCUGGAGUCUGAACCUGUGCUCUGCCGGGCGGCCCAACACUCAGGCAAGUUGGAGGAGGUGCAAGGCAGCCAGCAGGAGGCUGCAGGGGCCCGAGUCCUGCACCAGCUGGGCAGCCAGUGACUUCAAGACCCCAGGCACGUGCCCCAGCCCGCCCCCUGGGCAGAGAUGCAAAUAGCAGCCCCACCCUCCUGGCCCCUGGAUUAACCUGCCCUGGGGUGGGCUUUGCCCGUGCAAAGCAGGGGGAGGGGUGUGUGCACGUGCCCCGCCCCUGACACAAAGGUCUUCUGCUACCUGGAUGGGAAAUAAUGGGUCCUGCACUUGGUCGGUCAGGGACCUGACCUGUCCUGCUGGUGACAGGACACUGCCCCUCCCCUCUCCAACCCAGAGGCCCAGCCUUGGUGAGGCUCCGAUGGCAGGUAGGGGUGCAGAGCUAAGCAUGGAAAGUUUUCUUGGCAGUUAAUGAGCCCCAUGGGAGGUGGGGGGCAGGCACAUGGGGCCUGAUUACUGUGGCCUCAGCCCCAGCCCCGUUCCCCGGUGGGUGGCAGAGGCCGUGGGGACUCCCCAGGCAGUGAGCGGGUGUCCCUUUCUGUGGGGGGUGCUCACCAGGGGGAGGGUGCAUCAGGAGGGUGACUCCAGGCUGGCAGCCCCCGGCUCUGUGGCUUGCCCCAUACUCCCCAGCCCCAGGCUGGCCACUUCCGAAGCCCCCGACGCCAUGGAGGAGUGGGACGUGCCUCAGAUGAAGAAGGAGGUCGAGAGCCUCAAGUACCAGUUGGCUUUCAAGAGGGAGAUGUCGUCCAAGACCAUCCCCGAGCUCCUCAAGUGGAUCGAGGAAGGGAUUCCCAAGGACCCCUUCCUGAACCCCGACCUGAUGAAGAACAACCCGUGGGUGGAGAAGGGCAAGUGCGCCAUCCUGUGAGGCCCCGCAGCCCAGACUCAUGCCU